AGGUAUUUUAGGACCAAGUGAUACAUCGAAGGGCGCCAAUAUAUGCGUAAGGUAUUGGAGCGUAAACCUCACUGAAAUCAUCAGGAACUGUGCGUCCUGUGUGCACCUAUACUGCUACAACCAUCUUCAAAGCGAACUCUCACCAGAGACAAACAUGAACCAGCCAGUUGUGCUAAAGACCAUAUCGGUGCUCCUGCUACUCUCUGUCGUCGGAAGGAUUACGGCGUUACCUCAAGGAGCUCCUGCAGGCACAUGUGAUUCCAUGGCGCCUGUCCACAGAGGGUCCAAGCAUCUUAAUGGAAGUGAAAGCCCGUAUGAGCUGGUGCAAGAGAAGAGGACCUUCGAACCUAACGAAAGCCUCUCAGUACAACUUCUCGCAAAGAGUUCGCACCACAGGGGCUUCUUGGUGAAGGCUUUGGGUGAUCAAGGUGAGGACGUCGGCCGCUUCUUGCCGGGACCCAACUACAAGCCGAUACCGUUGUGCUCUGGUGCAACCCACGAGAAUAACAACAAGAAGAUGAACGUGGACUUCGUCUGGAAAGCUCCUGUUGACAAGUCCGGAAGUGUGCGCUUCAAGGCAACUGUCGUGCAGGACUACAGCCUUUUCUACACAGAUUUGUGGAGCACGGUGAAAACAAGGAUGCAUUGAUCAGAUCAAUCUUCUGGUUCAUUCAAUAAGUAAUAAUAAACUGGUUGUAUUCAACGC